GUGUGUGACAUGGCGGAAGAUUUCAGCCAGUCCCUCACCCCACCAGUCUCCCCCUUCGCUGCUGACAGCCUGUGCGAUUUGACACCGGCACGGCCACCGUGUUUCAGAUGCUCCUCUGAAAGGGAAGACACGGGUGGGCCUUACUCCACAGAAGGAUACAUAGGAAGAGGCUCUCUAAAGAGGCUGCUGUUGCGCCUUGAUCCAGCCCCUGCAGACUAUGAGAUGGACACAGUAGAGAUAUUUGGUUUUCUCUGGGUGACAGAGACAGCUCUGGUGGAAUCUACAAAGCUGCUGUUUGGCUUGUUAAGACAAAACGUUUUCAGACUGGAGACCCUGGUGCAGUCCAGUUCACAUGACUUUUGUCAAGCGGGUAACCUCCACUAUGAGGCUGAGGACCUCAGACAACAGUGUGUGCUGUUUCUUCAGUAUGUCAAAGUCUUCUUGCACAGGUACCUGGUACGUUCCAGCAUUUCAGAGGAAGGUCCCUUUCAUCCUUAUGAAAAACUGGAGGCUCAUUUCCCCUCUGCUCUGCUGGAGGAGCUGUUUGGGAUCACUCUUCUCAUAGGAAGACUCAAAGACCUACCUGCCAAUGUGCAGAGUGCCUUCACCAUGCAGAACCAGGGAAAGAUUUUUCCUCCCUCUUGGCAUUUCUUACAUCUGCACCUGGACAUCCAUUGGUCAGUUCUGGAAAUCCUCCACCUGUUAGGACAAAAAAUGCAAGGCCAUGUGGUGUACGCCCAUGAGUUUGUGAACCUGACAGGAGAGAACCUGACUGAUACCAGUUUGUUUGAAGAACACCUUUGCAGUCUGCUGUGCGACCUCACUGGCCUUGCCAUGGGCAAAUAUAGCAAGGUGAGGCCAACGGAGGCUCUUACUAGCCAUCAUUACCUAUGCACCUGCACCAAAGAGCUGUGGAGCCUGCUCAUACACCUGCUUGAAUACAGAAGUAAAGUGUUACACAAUCAGUCUUUCUGGAGCUGCAUGAACUCGCUGUUGCAGCCUCUUGUUUUAGGCAAGCCUGCUGCAGAGCAGUACGCUGGUCUUCCCACACACUGUAAAGACCCUCUUGGAUUCACAUGGUGGUUAGUCACACACCUGGCAGACUUGGGCCAAUACAACCGUAACGGAACGCUCCACAAUGAGAAACAACUGGAAGAUAACUGGAAUUUGGUAGAAGAGUUGCUCAAGUUAACAUGUAAUCCCAAGGGAAGUCUACAGGAGGAACAGAUCAGGAUGCAUUUGCAUUGCUGUCUAAGUCUUUGUCUGCUGUGGCAACCCAGCACCAUUGUUGUCUCCACCCUCUGGGACUACUACAGUAAGAACCUGAAUGGCUCUUUCACUGUACCUUGGCUUGGGGUGUCUGGUCUGGGCAGUUUGUGCAAGACACCUCUGACUGUGCUGGAACAGGCCCGGAGCUGCUGUACCCCCUUCCCCCUCCACUCCUCAGGACACAACCAGUUGUACCGCUCAUCCAACUCCUUCCACAUCUUUCUUAGAGUGCUGGCACUGUGCCUUUCCCAUGAUGGCACAACUGGAGCCUCCCAGAGGCAGAUCAAGGGAAGGAUAUACUCCAAGUUCUCCACAAAGAAGAUGCAGGAGCUGUCAGAGAUGGGCCUUAUGAACUUUGUGCUUCUGUUCAUGGUGGUGGCCAGACAGGUGGAUGUGGAGGAUGUGUCCAGCAGGGCCUGUGAGCUGCUGGGCCUGCUCCCUCCAAACUGCCUCCCUGGACACCGCACCCUGGUCUGGAGGGGGCAGCUAGCAUUGCUAUUGCUCUUCCAAGAAAGAGGUCUAGAUGUCGGGGCACAGGCUAGCUGGCUGGCUUGUUCUUUCAACGAGACGGCCAAGGAAUUCUACAAAAAGACCACGGAGGCCUCUCGUAAACUAGCACUCUGGGGACCCCUGAGUUCAUACCUGGAGGGCGUGGCUGAAGUAUUUGAGACAAGCACCAGUCUUGAUCUGUCAGAGGAAAAGCUACUCAGUGAGGGAUUUGAUUGGUUGCUGCCUGCCUGCCGUCAAUCAGAGCUAAAUUCCACAUUGGGCUUCCUGCAGAUUGUACUUGCCCAGCUCAGACUAGUCCAUCAGCGCUGUGUCCAGUCUGCCUCUUCCUUGGCCUGGACUCCCACCAGCGGUACAGUAAAGGAGCGCCACCUAGCGGUAGCGGCAAAACUUUGGGCCCACUUCUUCCCUUUCCUCCGUAGCCUGCGCCUCUCCCAGACCCCCCCUCCACUGCUUGCUGAUGCUGCUGCAGGUUUCACUCUGUUGGCCUUUGAUCUGCCAACAUCCACCCCACAGGACCUACAGCCCAACCCAGUCCACUCCAUCAUGCAAUGCUUUGGCUGGGAUGACAUGGUCCACCCACUUUUGGUGACUCGCUACCUCUCCCACCUUCUCCAGAACAGUGAGAUGAUGUCAACAGUGAGUAGUGUCUCUGCAAAUGCUGUGUCAGGCUCUGCUCAAGUCCUGUCUGUAAGGGCCUGGUUCCGCUGUGUUCUGCAACAACACCUUCACAAGAACCCAGAUGGCUCUGAUAACAGAACAGGCCGGGCUGUGGGGGAGCAGCUGUGUGAGCUGACCAGGUUGGUGCUAAGGCUUCCUGAGGUGGAUUGUCUCCUGCAGAGUGCAGGCCUCCAGAAUACAGCUACCAGGCUAGAGCCAAACCAUGCCCUAGAGAUUUUCAUCAAGGCUGUGGGCUGCGCGUACAGUGAACUGCAGGUGUUGCCUGAGCGGUCAGCCAUGGUGAUGAGAGCUCUGGAUUACAUAGGAGACGUCCUGAGACACAUAAAACCCUACCUGCUCAAUAAGAGUCAAGAAGGCAUACAGUUUGGCUACUGGGCUGUUGGCUGCAUUGUGAAGCACUGGGGCCCCCUGCUGGCCACCUCGAAAGCCCAGCACCUACUGUUCAGUAUCAUAGAUAGGCUGCUGCUCUCCCACAACAUCACGCAGCAGGACAAAGCACUUAAGGACAGCUUGCCGCUAUAUCUUCAGGGUCUGUCAGUGGCUUCCAGUGUGUCUCAGUCCCAGGGGGUCCACCUGAAGAAGCAGCUCCGUUCUGUCAUCAGCAGAUACCUCGACCACUUCCUUCCCGCUACACCUUCCACUGCUGUCAUAGCCAACCAUCCUGUGCUUCUGAGUGCCUGCGAGCCCAGCACCAGUCCUCGGGGGGCAGCGCUAAGGAAGACCGUUCUGCAAGUGCUUUGUGAGAGCUUCCUCCAAUUCAAAGGACACGCCCCUCCUCCUCGCCUGGCCUCCAUUUUAAUGUUCUUGUUGGAGCUCCUGAGGCGGAACAAUGACUCUGACCCCGCCCUGCUCACUCUGCCCCUCCCCUCUCUUCUCCGAUGUCUGAUGCUGGUCAACGAGCCUCAGGUGAGGAAAACCAGCACAGAUACCCUACAGCUGGUGGUGGAGAGAUGUGCUGCUGCAGCUACAGAUGGACCAUGUGACCAGAUGAUAGCUGUCCUACAGUUAUUUGUGGAGGAGAAUGAAGGAUUGUAUGACCGGCUGGUAUACGGUGUCCUGGAGACUGUGGCAGUUCUAGACCCCUUUGUGGUGCAGGCACUUAUACCUAAUCUGUCUCUCAGUCUGAGGAGCUCUGAACAUAAGAGAGGACUGGGCAAGAAUGCUGCCUUGAGGAACGCAUACAGGAAGUUACUGGGCCUUCUUGGGGAGAGAGGACAGGCAGAGAUAAUCAGUCUGGAGAAGGACUAGUACCAGGGAAAAGCUGACAUGACCAAAGGUCUUGGUUUUAAAAACAUACCACUGCUAUCACUUGUCUACCAAACAUACCACUGUCAUCACUUAUUUUGCUGCUUAUCUGGUAGCGAAAUAAAAUACUGAUAUCGGAUGAGCAUCAGGCAAGGACAUUAUCAUAUUGGCAACCUGGCAUUACAAAAUGCAGUACUGGUUGCCAUGUAGAGCUUAUCAUUUGAAUGGAGAGUUCAGCAUGUUUCAUUAGAUCUAACAAAGGCAACAAUGGAAUAUCCAGCUAAAUAAGCACUAAAGUGACCUGACAAGUCAAAGCAUGCAUACAUUGAUCUUUGGUAAGUUCAUACGUGAUGGACUGGCGGCCUGUCCAGGGUGUCUCCCCACCUGCCGCCCAAUGACUGCUGGGAUAGGCUCCAGCAUCCCCAUGACCCUGAGUAGGAUAAGCGGUUUGGAUGAUGGAUGAUGGAUGGAUGGAUGGAAGUUCAUACGUAUGUGUAUAAUGCUGCAGUCCUAUUAAAUGAGCUUUAACUUUGUCCUCUACAUACAUAAUUUAAGCCCAAUAUUAUAGGAUGAAUGUACUGUAUAUGAUGUAGAGACAGUACCAUUUUGGAUUUGUACAGAUGUAA